ACCCAUAAAAUCCCAUAAUCACCCAAAAAAAUAGGUUUUUACGUAUUUUUUUGAAAAUAUGUAAGUAAUACCAAUAAAUUAUUUUUAUAAAUUGUAUUGAUCAAUUCUACAAUAUUAAAUAAAACGUUAACUAAUAAUAUUUCAGGAAAUUUUAAAAAUCUAUAUAUAAUAAAAUGAAAGUAAUUAAUUUUCAGUGUUUUCAUGUUGCAGUUGAUCAACAUGUUGGCCUUUUGCUUCCCGUAGAUACUUUAAAAUUUCUUCAUAACACCUCGUUCGCACACAUGGCCGUAUAUAUUUAAAUUCUUGAGCCACUAACAGUCCGAAAUACUCAUUUCUUUUAUCCUCUUCUCCAUAAAUUAAGCAUUUAGAACAGUUUGUUUCUUCUUUCAGUAAAUUUUCUUUUACUUUAUCCUCGUUUUUUUCUUUGUUGCGACGACGCUGGGUAAAUCAUCUGGACACUGGGUCUCACUAUCGCCAAAUAUAUUUGGAGAUCGGCUUCGGCUACGGCUUGGCAGACAUUUUUUUCUUUCUACAAUUUUAAAUUAAAUUUAUUAGAAUAAAUGCUUCGAACACACGCGAUCUAAGUACCUUUUGUGUUUAUUAUACCUUACCUACCUAGGUAUAAAAAGAGUACUUACGUAGAUUUUCUUUUAUUAACUGUUUUAUACGAAGAUCUUGAUCUCUCAAAUUAGCAUCCAUUUUACUUCCAGUGAUUAUCAACUAAAUUAAUAAUCCACAAAGUAUUAAAUAACGUUUUUAUGAAAUAUUUAGCACAAAAACAAUACCCUUUAAAUAUCGAUCGUCAGUAACUGUGGCUGACUUACCUAUAUUCUAGCAAGCAGGACUGCCAGAUGUGAAGGGGAAAUCCCCAAUAAAUUGUUGCAUGUGACUGAUGAUGUGAGCAUGUUCGUUUCAUAAUAAAAAUGUUGCCAGGUAACCAAAAAGUCGUAUGUUUUUGUGCGAAUUACGAUCAUAAUCUUUACGAUCGUACAUUAAAAAAUAGACAAAUAAUAGUAUGAGUACGAUUUAAAUCGUAUAUCUGUCAACCCUGCUAGCAAGACAGCGACAAAAUCACGUUGCAUAACAAUGUAGCCCAAGCUUAUAUCUUAUGAAAUAUACGGAAGAGAUACGGACUUAGAAAAAACAGAAAUGUUGUUCUUUGUGGAAGUCAUUGAUGAAAUUCUAUGUAUUUUAGCCCGCAAACUUUCUUCAAACAAAAACAGCGCCAUCUAGUAUCGAGUUCUGUAAUUAUCUCUUUGUUUAUGGAUUUGAAGUAAGACCGCCACGCAUGCAAUACAUUAUGACUGGGGAUUCCCCUAUUCGUCGACGCUGAAUAUGAGGCGACGACAAUCACUGUCAAACGUGUUCACUAUUACUCUGACUCUGGUAACGUGACUUCCUGGUAACGUGUUAGGUAGGAAAAGCAGUAAAAAAGUGCAUAUUAAGGGAGCAGAUUUGAAAUAAUAUUUAUACUUAACAAGAAAUAAUUAAAGGUUCAAUGGGGAGACCUAAAGAUUUACGCAUAUGGGAGCACUACCGUACUUUACCAAACAAGUCUGUUUCUUGCAAGCUUUGUAAUAAGGUCUACAAAUUCAGUAAUGCUGCCAAAAUGCUUCAACAUCUUAUUACUUGUCCAAAAUCUCCAGAAACAUUAAAAGACUCUAUGAAACUUAUAAAAGAUAGCUCGUCCAAAACCAAAAUGUCUGGACUGUCAGAGAUAGAGACAAAUGAUUCUUUUAUAAGCCCCUCGUCGUCUGCUAACACUACAAUAAAUGCUGAGUUUCAAGACACCGAUGAUCAUAUAAAAACAGAAUUAGCGAGAGCUAUAUUUGUAACAGGGACGCCAUUAUCGAUGGUGCAACAUCCUUUAUGGAUACAAUUUUUCGAAAAAUUGCAACCAAAAUUUAAAAUACCUUCACGUAAAGCUUUAGCGACAAAAUACUUAGAUAAAAUAUAUAGAGAAAUGCGUUUUGAGUUAAAUGAGGAACUAAAUGCUUGUAGUUACUUACACCUUCAGUGCGAUGGCUGGUCUAAUUUAAGAAAUGAAGGAAUAAUAAACUUUCUUAUAUCAAAACCUCAACCUGCAUACGUUAAAAGUUUGAAUACAGAAAGUAAUCCUCACACUAGUGAAUACCUUAGCCAAGAAGUUGAAAAAGUAAUGAAAGUGUAUGGAGCAAAUAAGUUUCUUGUACUUAUUGGCGAUAACGCUAGAAAUAUACAAAAGGCAUUCGAAUUAACAAAACUCAAAUAUCCACAUGUUGUUCCUCUCGGUUGCUGUGCACAUAUCCUUAACUUGUUGUGCCAAGAUAUUGUAAAGAUACAAGAAGUAACUGUGUUUAUUAUGCAAGCCAUAAAUAUAAUAAAAACUGUUAAAAGGAGUCAACGAUUAAGUUCCUUGUUGAUAAAAUCAAGGCAGGGUGAAGAUUCUACACAAACACUAAAAUUGCCUUGUGCUACAAGAUGGGGAAGUCAUGUUACUUCGUUAAAAAGUUUGAAAGCAAAUAAGAUAGCUUUGCAAAUAUUAACAGUUAGAGAAGAUGUGGUAAUUUCAAGAGAUAUUAAAGAUUUAAUUCUAAGUGAUGAUUUCUGGACGAAGACAGGGGAAUGUAUAAGUAUUUUGGAACCAGUCACUGAAAGCAUAUUUUACUUAGAGAGCGACCAGAAUCGUUUGCAUCGCACAUACAUUACAUUUAGAGAUGUACAAGCUAAGAUACGUUUUGCAUUAAAUGAGAUUUCGACAUUGAGCGAAGAAAGCAAACAGCAGAUUCUAACAUCAGUAUCUUCAAGAUGCAAUAUGGCAAUGAGGCCAAUACAUUUUGCAGCAUAUAUUCUAGACCCCAGGACUCUAGGAGUCGAACUUACUCAAGAGGAAGAACUUAAGGGUAUGGAGUUUAUCUACAAUUUAAGCCAACACUUAAGUUUGUCAAAUGUAAUGGCAGAUUUGGCGUGUUAUAAAGCUAAAGAAAACUUUUGGGCCAGAGGAUUUGUAUGGAGCUCAUUAGAUAGCAUUGAGCCCCUAAUAUGGUGGAAAGGUAUUUGUGGUUCCACUGAGUUAAGCAAAGUAGCGAUUCGUAUUCUAUCAGCUCCCUGUACUUCGGCAGCCACUGAGCGUUCCUUUAGUAUCCAAGGCUACAUACAUAAUAACAAAAGAAAUCGACUUACAACUGAAAGAACUGAAAAAAUUUCAUUCAUUUGUUAUAACUGGAAUCUUAAACAUAAAGCUGAAUGCGAGGACAUUCAGUUUAAUGAAGAAAAUACCUUAGAAGCUUUCAUUGAGCAAGUAAAUGAACAUAACAGUUUAGACGAAAUAGAGCCUAUCGAACCUAUACAAUUCAUCGCUUGUAAUAACUCUGAAUCUGACAGUGAUUGACUGUAGUUUUACAUUUUACUUUCAUCUCUUUCUUAAUAAACUCAAAAUCAAAUUAAAAGUUUUUUAUUCUGUAGGCUGCAUAAUAAUAUUGUCUAUGUCCAGUAUAGUGGACGUCUUGCGGCUGAGAUGACGAUGAUGAAGUACAAAAUCAUAAACACCCAAAAAUUUGGGUGUUUAUGGGGUUUAAACCCAAUAAACCCAAAACACCCGGUUUUUACCCACCAGACUUUAAACCCACCCAGGUGGAUUGCCCAUC